CAUUUGAUUGAAGGAAGAUUGAGCUAACCUAAAAAAACUACAAAAUUUUUGAAUUUUUUUUUGUUUUGGUGCGGUACGAACGAGAACAAAGACUCGAAGAUUUCAGGACACUGAAAAGAAGUAUGCUACCUACUAUAGUUCAAUCUACUCUAAUUUUAUUGUCAAUUUCAUCUGUGAUCCAAAUAUCAGAAAAUUCUGCACUAAGCAUUUUCGAACAGAAAAAAUACAAACGGUACACAGAUGCACAGGGUUUAUACUCAUCCAAAGACGAUGUGGACAUCUUAACAGUUGAAAACUUCAAGAACGAACUGUAUGGCAACAAACGAGCAUGGUUGAUUGAGUUUUACAACAGCUGGUGUGGUUUUUGUCAGAGGUUUGCUCCGUCUUGGAAAGCUCUUGCAACAGAUGUCAAGGAUUGGAAAAGCCUUGUUGGGAUUGGCGUGAUUGAUUGUUCAAAUGAUCAGAACAAUGCCAUUUGCCGAGAAUUUGAAAUCAUGUCAUACCCAACUAUCAAAUAUUUCCAUGAAAAUUACCAGGAAGAUCUGAAACAGUUGGGACACAAAAUAAGUGUGGGAUCAGAUGUUAGAGAACACAGGCAAAAACUGUUGAGAGAAAUUAUGAAUGAACAAGCUGAAGAUAGAGGAAAACAGUAUCCCAACAUUUUACCUUACACUCAUGAAGAUCUCUCUUUAAUUUUUAAUGGAGUUGAUAGUGAUGUUAGAUAUACAUUCCUAAUUGUGCAAGAACCUACAGACUUCAUUGGCCAAGAAUUGGCAAUGGAUUUUCACAAAAUUAGGGAUAUUAGCAUCAGCUAUUCAUUUAAUAAUAACACAGACUUGGUGAAGAUGCUCAAACUGAGUAAAUUUCCUGCAAUUUUUUCUGUAGCACAAGACCUAACAUUCCAAUCUUUGAAUCCUUCAGCUUCUUCAAGAGAAGCUUAUAAGAUUUCAAUAAGUCAAUUUUUGAAGCCAAAACAUAUAACAGUGCCAGUGAAUGUUAAAAAAGAAAUAUUUGAGGGAAAAUGGCUAGAAAACAAAGCUAUGGACAUGAAAGAAUUCAUGCAUGAAAGGGAACGGGAAGCCCUUAAGGAAAAAAUCAAGAAAAUGGGUGAUGUUGUGUUCCAGAUGGAUCUAGAAACUGCUCUUCGUUAUUCCCUGAAACAUGAAGUUGCUGGGGUCAAAGAAAUCACUGGAGACAAACUAGAGGCUCUCAAAACAUAUCUAAAUGUGCUUGCAAAGUAUUUCCCUUUUGGGAAAUAUGGGCAGCAAUUCCUCAGGCAGCUCAGAGACUUUGUGGCAAGCAGAACUACCUUAGAUGGCAAUGAAAUUGCUAAGCUCCUGGAAAGUGCUGAGAAAGAAGAAAGCCAAGUGUUUUCCACCCCCCAAAACUGGCUGGCUUGCAAGGGAAGCUCAACUGCUUUCAGGGGUUACCCUUGUGGUCUUUGGAAAAUGUUCCAUUACCUGUCAGUCAAUGCUGCAGACUCCAGCAUGGGACUCAAGGGUGCUAGCCCAAUGGUAGUUUUAGGGGCCAUGCAUGGUUAUAUCAAGAAUUUCUUUGGGUGUGCAGAUUGUAGCAGACAUUUCCAAGAAAUGGCAAAAAGACAGGGGAUCUUUGAGGUGACCUCCUGGGAUGAUUCUAUUCUUUGGCUGUGGAUGGCUCACAAUGAGGUCAAUAAGAGGUUAUCUGGGGAUGAAACUGAAGACCCUGAAUUUCCUAAACAACAGUUUCCUACACAAGAGAAAUGCCCCAGGUGUCACAACAAAGAUGACUCUUGGAAUAUUCCUGAAGUGCUGCAUUAUCUCAAGCAUGUCUACAGUAGUAUAAAUAUUAGGUACAUUGGUUCUGAUACAAGGAUUUUACACCUUGGUUUAGAUGGUUCAACAGUUCGAUCUGAACCAAGUUUUUUCAAAAGUAUUGAUGCUGCUAUGUGUUUCAUUCUCUAUGUAGCUUCUUUCUUACUUAUUAUUGCCUUGAUUCAUAUGUUCCUAAGAAGGGGAUAUAGAAAAAAAUUGUAUGCCCAUGAUUUGCUGGGCAAAGUGUAAACAGAAUGCUUGAUCAUGACACUUUAGAAUUUUAUAUUUAUUCAAGAUAAAGUUAUUUUUCUAAUUUAUUCCAUAAUGGUCAUUGUGAAUGAUAGUUGAUAGAUUUACUCCUCAUUAUUUAGUACAAAAUGGAAAUUUUGUCAAUCAUAACCGAAUUCAAAUAUCAAUUGGAAAUUCCUGUAUAUUUACAGUGAGUUAUUCAUAAUGGUAUUUUGUUGAAUGAAGAAACUGCUGACAUGAUUUCAUACAGACCUUUCAUAUAAGACAGUUACCAGUUAAGCCAACAAAAUGACUGAUCUCUAUACAUUCAAGCAUCACAUAUGAACUUUACAUUAUAGGUGAUAUAUCUUUCCAAUGAGCAAAGUAGUUGUUCAAGUCCAAUUCAUAAAUUAGGUUUUUUAUACAAAUGCCCUUUAGAAAAACGUGAAAACCCUCUAUUAGGAUUUCUUGCAUAAUUAUAGAAAAAUCAUAUAAGUUAUCAUGAUAUAAUCUGUUAUCCUAUCUGUAUAAUUAUUGUGAUAUGACUCCCUGUUAUCAUGGAAUAUUAAAUACUAUAUAACAUUGU